AUGAGGUUCAAGACCCGAAAGCUUUACAUGAGGUUCAAGACCCGAAAGCUUUACAUGAGCUUUACAUUAGGUUCCAGUCCUGAAAGCUUUACAUUAGGUUCCAGUCCUGAAAGCUUUACAUUAGGUUCCAGACCUGAAAGCUUUACAUUAGGUUCCAGUCCUGAAAGCUUUACAUUAGGUUCAAGACCUGAAAGCUUUACAUUAGGUUCCAGUCCUGAAAGCUUUACAUUAGGUUCAAGACCUGAAAGCUUUACAUUAGGUUCAAGUCCUGAAAGCUUUACAUUAGGUUCCAGUCCUGAAAGCUUUACAUUAGGUUCCAGACCUGAAAGCUUUACAUUAGGUUCCAGUCCUGAAAGCUUUACAUUAGGUUCCAGACCUGAAAGCUUUACAUUAGGUUCAAGUCCUGAAAGCUUUACAUUAGGUUCCAGUCCUGAAAGCUUUACAUUAGGUUCAAGUCCUGAAAGCUUUACAUUAGGUUCCAGUCCUGAAAGCUUUACAUUAGGUUCCAGUCCUGAAAGCUUUACAUUAGGUUCCAGUCCUGAAAGCUUUACAUUAGGUUCCAGUCCUGAAAGCUUUACAUUAGGUUCAAGUCCUGAAAGCUUUACAUUAGGUUCAAGUCCUGAAAGCUUUACAUUAGGUUCCAGUCCUGAAAGCUUUACAUUAGGUUCAAGUCCUGAAAGCUUUACAUUAGGUUCCAGUCCUGAAAGCUUUACAUUAGGUUCCAGACCUGAAAGCUUUACAUUAGGUUCCAGACCUGAAAGCUUUACAUUAGGUUCCAGACCUGAAAGCUUUACAUUAGGUUCCAGACCUGAAAGCUUUACAUUAGGUUCCAGACCUGAAAGCUUUACAUUAGGUUCCAGUCCUGAAAGCUUUACAUUAGGUUCCAGUCCUGAAAGCUUUACAUUAGGUUCCAGACCUGAAAGCUUUACAUUAGGUUCCAGUCCUGAAAGCUUUACAUUAGGUUCCAGACCUGAAAGCUUUACAUUAGGUUCCAGACCUGAAAGCUUUACAUUAGGUUCCAGACCUGAAAGCUUUACAUUAGGUUCCAGUCCUGAAAGCUUUACAUUAGGUUCCAGUCCUGAAAGCUUUACAUUAGGUUCCAGUCCUGAAAGCUUUACAUUAGGUUCCAGUCCUGAAAGCUUUACAUUAGGUUCCAUGUGUGGCCUUUAAAAUAAAUACAUUUAAUCUCAUAAAAUGUUGGUCAUUAAUGUCUCCCACCUUGU